GCGUUGCUUGCGUGGUUUCCAUAGCAACAUGAUACUCUCAAACAAAACUAGCUUUGUAGCUACAACUUCUGUAGCUAAAACAGUUUAACUAGCUCGCAUUUCACAUUUUUUUGAAGACCUCGAGAGACAGAUCUACUGUGUCCUCUCUAAAGCAGCGAGCCACCAUGGUACGCCUGACCGUCGAUCUGAUCGCUAAAUCUAGAAACCACUUCAAAAAGAAAAGGGGCCUCUCCUUCCCAGAGUACCUCAAAACGCUCACCCACCUCCACUUUUUCAGCAAGAGUAUCGAAGAUAUUGGUGAUCUCUCCAUGUGUAGAAACCUCACCGUUCUUUACCUGUAUGAUAAUCAGAUCACAAACAUUUGCAACCUUGGCUUCGCCUCCAACCUCACCCAUCUGUACAUGCAGAACAACGACAUCACUCGUAUAGAUAAUCUCUCCAAUCUGCAGAAGCUCUCCAAGCUGUAUCUGGGUGGAAACAGGAUUGCAGUGGUUGAGGGCUUAGAGACGCUGUGUGAGCUCAAGGAGCUUCAUCUGGAGAAUCAGAGGCUGUCACCGGGGGAAAAGUUGCUCCUUGACCCCACGACUCUCCUCGCUCUGGCUGAAACUCUGUGUGUCCUGAAUAUCAAUAACAACAACAUUGAUGACAUCAGGGACCUGAAAGUGCUGAGGGAACUCCAGCAUUUUUCUGCUGCUGACAAUCAAUUGCACAAUAUGAAGGAGUUAGAGGAUGUGUUCAGUCACUGGCCUCAGCUGCUUCAAAUGGAUUUGAGUGAAAAUCCUGUGUGUAAAAAACCAAAGUACAGAGACCGCGUAAUAACCGCGGUCAAAAGCCUCGCGGUUCUCGAUGGCAGGGAAAUUAAUGAGUUAACCAGACAGUUCAUUAUUAACUGGAAAGCAUCCAAAGAAGCCAAGAAGAAAAACAACAAACAUUUGAUGACCGUUCCCUUAACAUAUGACUUUAACGUGGGUCAGGCUCCACAUCCUGGUCACAUCUGCAGCCGCGCUAACGUGCAGGGGUUGAAGCCGCAGCAGUCUCUCAGCGCACAAACAUUAAAGAUUCCUAUGAGCGGACUUGUCAAUCAUGUGGCUGUCUCCUCACCCAUCUGCAGUCAUGGAGAUGCUUAAGACAAACCUACCAGUCCACUAAAAUGUCCAACUCCUCCACACAUGCAGGACGAACCCAGCUGCUACUGCCUUUUUUAAGCGUCUUAGUCACCACAGCUGUGGAUCUUUCAUGGUUGUAUAUUUAGAAAGACAGAGAACAGUCACUGUGAUGUCCAUAGCUGCAGUAUCCUUGACCUAUAGUGGAUUAUAGUGGAUUUAAAAAAAAAAAAAAGAAAUUCACAGCAUAUUUUCAAAUGUUUUAAUUUGAUCGGUCUCUUAAACCUACAUUUGUAUAAAUUGAUUAAUAUCUUAAACCUACAUUUUUAUAAAUUAAUGAAUUAAUAGGGUGGAAGUAAUCUGCUAUUGUUAGAAAUGAACUAAGAAAUUAAAGAGUAAAACAAUGAA